GAUUGAGAAAGCACUAUAAGCUUGAUCUUGAACUGAACUAACGUUUUGCUUGUAGCAGCUAGACGAUUGCUAGGUAAGAAAUACAUUGAAUUUGUUGUAAGAGGACUAGAUACAGAGCUGCCAAAUCUCCCGCAUUGAGCUGGAGACUUCCGCAUUUGGGACCGCUCUCCCGCCUACCCGCAUUUGGCAUCAAAUCUCCCGCAUUCUGACCAUUGUCCUAACCAAUCUUCUAUUUGGAAUCAGUGCAAUCAUCGAUCAAGUGACUAUUCAAUGAAUCAGACACUGUGUGGCAAUGUCAGUGAGGAAACUUUUGUGGGAGUCUGUUUCUUUGCCACGAAUCUCGAAGCUAGUGGCAUGGUUGAUGAGAGGAUAGCAUUGACAGCCCGUCUUCAAAAUUGCACAGAUUUUGACUAUAUAACUGUUGAGCGGUUUGCCAGUCAAUACAACUUGUCUACGGAUCUUUGGCAGCGUCCAUGCUAUUAUCCUCUCAAGUCCAUACCUCAAACAUAUCGCUGUGAUCCUCUUUGCCUCGUACCACAGCUUAGCAAUUCAGCUACAUCGUUUAGAGUAGCGUAUGGUGUCAUAGCGAUUAUCAUUUUUGUGUUUUGUUCCACAAUUAUGUUUACUACUUGGAUGUCAUUACCAUUUAUGUCAUGUUUUCCUCAUGUCAUACCACUCUACAUUGUGGGAGGAUAUGGUGUGAUAGUCAUUGUAUUCAGCCUUCCAAGUAUUUUGUCAAUCGAGACAGCUUUUUGCGAAAAUGAUACCUCUACCAGUGAAACACCAUACUGCUUUAUUCAAGGUAUUAUUUUAGUGUAUGGCAUCUUGUUUUCAUCCUUAUGGUAUUUCUGCUACUGCUUCAAUAUCUAUGUUGUUGUUGUUCAUAACAAACCCCACUUGAUUCUCUCUAAUCAACGAGCGUAUUUGAUGCAAUCUGUCCUUUGCUGGCUGUUACCGAUACUGCCCAUCGCUAUCAUACUUUCUGAUUCAUAUCAUGGCAAAUACUUUGAUUGGAUUGGUGCUGAUUACUUUCUAUGUAUUCUGGCAGACAUACCAAAGACUUACUAUUUAUUGAUUCUUCCACUUCAGCUGUCUGUUGGCAUUGGCUCAAAUCUACUCUUUCUAACAGCUCUAUUUCUCUUUAAGAGUGAUCAGGAUAGUAGGGGUCUCAAGCUGAUGCAGGAUGAAAGCAAGAACUCUGGUAUCACAUCACUGGGGAAAAGACUUUCAACUCUUUGCUUGUUGUCAAGUGCUGUUGGAAUUUACUUGCCGUGUUCAAUGUCAUAUCUUUGGACAUUUUCUGAUCGAAAAACAGCCGCUUUGUUGUCAUAUUUUGAAUGCAAGCAAGUGACAGAUGAUUGUCCACAAGAUUUCCUUCAAUAUUCUGUUACUUCUACAAUGAUUCCACUAAGAAUCGUCCUUUUACUAUAUUUUCUUAUUUCUUCAUUGUUCUUAUUGGGAACUCCAGCUCAAAUCAAGUUGUGGAAGCACUGGAUAGCAAGACUGCUUCUCUGUUGUCAUGUCCCAGAUCCUGACGGAAAGUACGCGGCAUGGAAGGACGACGCGGAUUUGCAGCAGUAUCGUCGUAGUCAAGCUUCAAUUCGUCGGUUACGGGUUUUACAGCAGGCAGAAACGUGGAAAAACAAAAACGCAAGAACGGAGAUAGAACUUACGUCCAGAGAUGGAGCAGGAGCAUCACAAGAAGAAUUUGCCAAAGAUGAAGAUUCAAUCAAAAACGGUUAGACUACAUACACAUAAGAACUGGCCUAAGAAAUAAAACGAGGUUGUAUCACUGCAUGCACAUGUACCAUAUUAAGUUUCCGGGAGCUGUACUUUGAUCCUGACAAUGUUUUCACUAAUAUAUAAUGUCGACUUUUGAUUGAUUGAUUAUACAAUUUUUUCUGUA